AUGAUAGUCAUUUCCCUGGCGCUGCUGGUCAGGCUUCGCGAUAAAAGGCAUCCCUCUACUACCUGUCAGACAGACGACAAUGUGAUCAUUAUCACUGGCGGCUGCAGCGGACUCGGACGAGAGAUGGCCAAUAUAUACGGAAAGAACGGAGUCAAGGUGGCUGUCCUCGAUAUAAAUCUUGGGGACAGCCCCAGCAUCUCAGGAGAGACAAUAAGGUACUACAAGUGUGAUGUUGCAAUCGAAGAGCAAGUUGAGCAAGUAGUGAACAGGAUAGAAGUUGAACUCGGCACUCCUACCAUCCUCAUCAACUGUGCCGCAACUUCAAUUAACAAGCUCCCCUUCCACGAACUCCCAACUCACGCGUUCUCAAAGACCAUCAACACCAACUUGAUGGGACCAGUACACACUAUUCGCACUAUCCUCCCGCGAAUGAUUGUCAGUGAAAGGAAUGCUAGCAUUGUUAACGUCAGCUCCGUUGUCGCACAUGUAUAUCCUGGAGGUCUGUCUGACUAUACUGCGAGCAAGGCUGCAUUGAGUGCCUUACAUCAUUGCCUCGAUGCAGAGGCACGCUAUUACGGGUAUGAUGGGCGGAUUAAAUUCUUUCUUGUGGAAGUUGGACAGAUGGAGACUCCGCUUUUCAAGUGGGUGAAGACGCCAUAUGAAAUACUUACCCCGGUGUUGAGUCCCAAAUACGUUGCUGAAAAGGUGAUUACUGCUGUUGAAUCUGGCUGUGGGAGGCUCAUUCGUUUGCCACGAUAUGCAAGCUGGGCGUGCGUUUAUGAUGCUCUUCCGACUGUGAUGCAGCAGUAUGCUAGACGCUUGGGGGGGUUGGACCGGGCUAUGGCUACGUAA